GGAGCCCGUUCCAGGUGCCGGUGUCGGACGUGGUGGACGCUUCCCGCGUGUCCUGCGGGGGGCCGGGCCUGACCCCCGGCCACGUCCGGGCCAACGUCCCCCAGAGCUUCACCGUGGACACCUCCAAGGCCGGCGUGGCCCCGCUGGACGUCAAAGUCCAGGGUCCCAAGGGCGUGCUGGAGCCCGUGGACAUCGCCGACAACGGCGACGGCACUCAGCGCGUGUCCUACGUGCCGUCCCGCGAGGGUCCCUACAGCAUCUCCGUGCGCUACGGCGACCACGAGGUGCCCCGGAGCCCUUUCAAGGUGAAGGCGCUGCCCACGCACGACGCCAGCAAGGUGCGGGCGAGCGGCCCCGGGCUCAACACCACGGGCGUGCCG